CAUUAGCUUUUGUCGUUGUUGGGCAGCUGCAAACUGGAAAGUCCCUGACAGCAGCAGCAGAGGAGCAUUCAGUCUGCUGUUUCGUUUGUAAUUUCUAAAGACCUAUUGAUAUUUUCUUCGCGUGGCUCUCCCCGUGGAUUGCAAAUCUUGCAAGUUUGUUUCAGUUGUGUUAUUUUCCAUUUUGCUACACGAGUGCUAGAUGCUCCCCUGCGAGUGCUAGCUUGUGUUAGCAGGCUAGCUCUUUGUGUGGCUAGCUGCUAGCUGAGGGAUGGUUUGUUGUUGUUGAGUCGAGCUGCCCUCCCGUCGUCAGGGAGAGGAGAUUCAUCAUCGGCGGUGUAUGGAAAUUAAAACGCAUCCUCGACGCCUUCUCGGUUACUGACAUUAUCAGAAAAGUGGACCGUGAAAUCCGCUGCUAGUGAAGCGACAGAAGAGAGAGAAAGGGGGAUAGUUUGACCGAAGAGGAAGGAGAUGGGAAACUGUCUGAAGUCUCCGACCUCGGAUGAUAUUUCUUUGCUACAUGAAUCUCAGUCAGACCGGGCCAGCUACGGAGACGGUGCUGACCCAGACCAGGAACCACCACCACCCUACCAGGAGCAGAUCCAUGUACCUGUUUAUCACCCAACACCAAGCCAAGCCAGACUGGCCACUCAGCUGACAGAGGAGGAGCAGGUUCGCAUCGCCCAGCGCAUUGGACUCAUCCAGCACCUUCCAAAGGGCGUGUAUGACCUCGGGCAGGAUGGCUCUGAAAAGAAGAUUAGAGAGUGCGUCAUCUGUAUGAUGGACUUUGUGUACGGAGACCCUAUCCGGUUCCUGCCCUGCAUGCACAUCUACCACAUGGACUGUAUAGAUGACUGGCUGAUGAGGUCCUUCACCUGCCCCUCCUGCAUGGAGCCUGUGGACGCUGCACUGCUUUCCUCCUAUGAGACCAACUGACACACACACACACACACACAUGCCCACAGACACAUGUGGACCAGAUUGGACACACACGCAACACACACAAACACACACACAUACAUACAGUAUGCACACUGUAUCCUGGAUUAGUAAAAGGGGGGGGGGGGGGUGCUAUUAACGCCGUGUUUAUGUAAAGAAUUUAUGGUGAUCUCUCAUGUUUGAGCAUCUGUGCACAUGGGCAUGUGCUGUUUUUGUGGAUGUGUGCAUAUACAUACGUUCCUUAGUUGGCCUGCUGGACAGGUUUUGUAAAAAAAAAUAUAAAAAUAAAAGGACUGAUGGAAUGAACGGUCAAUGGUGUUUAGGAUGAACAGGAAGGGGCUGGAUGAAGUAAAGAAGCUAAAGACUAAUGUUUACAAAGGGCGAUAAAACAUGACCAUGAGGGAAGUGGACGAGGGAUAACUGGUGUGAUUAGGAAUUUGAAAUCUGCUUUUAUAAAUGUGAAUAGACAUGCAAGCAUACCCAGUAACACUUCCUGUACUAUACUUCUCAUCAUUGAAAAUGAACUGUGAGAGACUGCAGGAGGAAAGACAUGAAAGACCGCGUUUCUGAGGACUUAAGUAACGUCGUCGUGACACCCUGAAAGUCACAGGAGAGGUCAAAACAUGCUGCAAAGAAAUGCUACAGACAUGAAGAUAUGUGGUUUAAAGACUGCUAGAUGUGGACAUGAGAUCAGAUGGAAUCACACUCCAACUGUUUGUCUCUCUGUACAGCUCUCUCUCUCUCUCUCUCCAUGAGAAAAUUAAGAUAGGUGGUUUGAUCAAUUGUCCAGUAGCUUUGUGUUGUGUGUGUGUGUGUGUUUUGUCAGUCGGCAUAAGGGCUCAGUUGAACCAGUGUUUACUAACGACACAGACAUGUGUUUGAGGCUAAGGAGAAUACAGUGAUGUGCUUUAGUCACUAAUGUGAUGGAUAUCUGAUGAACAGAUUAUUGACCAAAGCAUGAGGAGACCAAUUAACAAAUCAUUAAUAGAAAUCAGAUAUAUUUGCACUUCUUAAUCAGACUUGUGUCAAGAGUUGACCAUAUGCAUUCAGUGAUUAUGUACAAGUGAGUUGUUGUGUGACUUGUUUGACCUACAUUUUCACAAUCGUUGCAAAGAUGUGUUUCAGGAGUGGAUGCAUAAUUUAUUAUCGGUGUCAUUAGGGAAACUACUGAAUUAACUCCAAUGUCUGUGCCCCUGUUGCUGUCCAAAAUCAUGUAAUGUCGUGGACACGUCAAGGACAAAAUUAAAAAUAUACACAAG